UACCUUCAGCAGGAUGCGUAGAUUGUUAACCGAUCUUGAAAUUAACCCCAAAGGAUCUGAUUUUACUCUGUAGUAUGAAACAGCAGCAGUAUUCUCCGAAAUGCUACAUGUACCGUCAAUAGAAAAAUACCGGACAAGCAUGCGAAGCGAGUUGUCCAACUGGCGCUUGGAACAGAAAAGCAAUUCCUUAAGCUUACAGAACUGGUUCGUGAAGAAUUAAGAAAUGGCCUUCAGUUCACACAAAGUCUCUGUGAUGUCCUUGUUGUCGUUGUUUGCGAUGUUUUUGUUGUUUUACUGUGCCACAGCCAAUAACACAACCAAUCAACCGUCGCACAAAAUGCAACUUCCCGCUUUCUGUUAUGGUGGUAUCCCUGGUAUGCACGGAAAGCCUGGGUCUCCUGGGGCACCAGGUCGUGAUGGCCGUGAUGGCCGUGACGGAGCUAAAGGUGACGAGGGCAGCUCGGGGAAGACUGGACCCCAGGGACCUCCAGGAACUCCUGGUAUCAAUGGAAAGAAUGGCGCCAAAGGAGAACCUGGAAUUCAAGGCCCUCCUGGUCUGAUGUCUUAUAAGAACUGGAAAGAGUGCGCAUGGAAAGAUUUGAAUGACGGCAAAGAUAACGGCCUGAUCAAGGACUGUGUUUUCACCAAAAACUUCGCGGAUACAGCUCUCCAUGUUUACUGGACUGGUGCCCUCAGAAUCUACAGGUGCACAGAUUGCUGCAAACGCUGGUAUUUCACUUUCAACGGUGCUGAGUGCUCAUCUCCCCUGCCAAUUGACGUUUAUUAA